AUGGUUGUAAGAGUGUACUUCAGCAGUAUUUCCGGGAACAACAAGGUUAAAAAACAACAAACGGAUGUUCUAAAUCUCUUGGCAGCAAGAAAAAUCGAAUUUGAGCCGAUAGACCUUUCUGAUGCAAUCAACGAGGAUACAAAAAAUAGUAUUUUUGAAGAAAUUAAAAAACAAGAGAAACCCUUAUUACCUCCCCAUAUCUUUUAUGAUGAUGAAUAUCUAGGAGGGUACGACGAAUUUUAUGACGCACUUGAGCUAGAGGAGUUGGAAACUUUUCUUAAGCUUCCUGGUGAGAAGCCAAAAUCGUUUAUGGCGCUGCUAACUGGAGAAUCUUCUGAAGAGGUACUCUUCAUUCUUCUGCGAAUGCUCUGUGCAUCUGAGUUGCAUGCCGCAUGUUCCGAGAAGUCGGACGAUGAAUCCAGCGAUGAAAAAACGUCAGAAGAAUCCGAGAGUGAUAAUAACGAGGAGGAACAAGGGGGAUCAAGUGACGAGGAAGAAGAUGGUGAGAAAAAAGAGGAUGAAGAAAAACCAAAGAAGGAGAAGAAGACUAAAACAAAGACAAAGAAAGACAAAAAGAAAAAGGAUGGUAAAGAAAAGAGCACAAAGGAGGAAGAUGACGGGGAUGAUAAGGAUGAGGCAAAUGAAAAAAAGGGAAAGACCGAGAAAGAGUCUGCAUCAGGAACUGAAUCCGAAGAAGAGGAAAAGAAAGAUAAGGAUGACGAUAAGAAAGAUAAAGCAAAGAGCGAGGACAAGAAAAAGACAGAAGCGAAAAAAGAUGAGAAAACAUCGGAGUCGGAGGUAGAAUCUGACGAUGAGAAGAAAUCAGAGAACGAGUCAUCUACCGAACUGAAAGAGGAAAAAAUCAAAGCUAAAAAGGAGACGGCGGUGGAAGCUGAAAAAACAGAAAAGAAAGCAGAAAACGUAGGUGCUAAAGAGACCGAAAAGAAUACCGACGAAACGGAUGCUAAAAAGACCAAAGAUGAGUCUAGUGAGGAUGAGACCAGUUCGGAAGAAGAAUCAACCAAAGAGUCGGAUGAAAAGGUCGACUCUAAAAAGCCCACUGAUUCGAAAAAAUCGGUUUCUUCUGACAGUAGUGAGUCAGAUUCAGACAGUUCUACGGAGCCAGCUAAAACGACUGAAGCUAAAAAAGGUGAAGCUGGAAAGUCGGAAACUGCGAAAGAUAAAAAGGACUCUAGUGGUAGUAGCAGCCGAAAGUCGUCCGCUGCAAGUGAUGCGGAUGCAAAGAAAAAUCCAGAGUCUAGUGACGAUAGUGAUAGCGAUAGUUCAGAGACCAGCGAAAAACCGAAGAAGGCUGAAGUCGAGGCAAAGAAAACAGCAUCUUCUAGUUCACGCGUCCGCGCGACGGUGUUUAUCGAUCGUUCGGAUCGGAUAUCUCUCCACUCACCCGCUUACCAGUCAAUCGCGAAUAUCGUUCACCCGUUAAUGCUACAGGGCCCAUCGAUGGACCGAAUGACCGCGGCUUUGGUGACCACUGUAGAAAAAAUGACCACAUUCGAGUGCCUCACAUUUCAGGUUAGUGUCCCACAGAAUAGCAAAAAAAACUUCGCAGAUUAG